UUUGGCUCUAAAUCCAAAAUUCCCUCCUUUUCCUCUGCGCCACAAAUUCAAACUACGAUUCCCAAUUCCUCUCUGCGUUCGUUCUCCCGUCCAAUUCGUGUCCCAGAUUGUUGCUCAGCCCUCAUGCCCCUCACCAAAUCCGCCGCCGUCCGCCACCAGAAAUCUGCAUCCCAGUUAUCUCAAUUCCACUUGCCUACUAAUGCCGGUGAUGACGACGACGGCGGCGGCGAUUUUCUUCCUUCCACCCAGACAGUCCUCUCCUCGCGCUCUUCAUCCUCCCAAAAACCCCUCGCGACUUCCGAGUUAUCAUCCCUCCACACUCGCGCGCCCAAGAGGCCGAAGCGCUCUACUCCGACGGCAAUUGGCAAGGAAAACAUUCCCUCUAUAGGAUAUGGUUAUGGUGAUACUGAAUUUAAGCUUUCGUCGAUGUCUUUUCCAGAUGCUGUAUCAGGAUCCACAAAUUUUGAUGGCCAGAAUGGUGCUGCUGCUUUGGAUGGUAGUGAAGCAUUCGGAUUGUCGGAAAUAGAUUUAGGUUGCAGUCUGGACUUUAUAGAGCCGAGCAUUGUUGGCUGCAGUUACCAAGUUCAUGAUGCAAAUUCGGGAGAGGAGAUAUUUGACGGGGUUAAUGGUUUUUCUGGUGCGAUGGAUGAAUGUAAGGGGUCGAAGGUGAAAGGGGGCUAUCUAUGCAAUUCGAUUGAAUCUAGGUUAAUGAAUUCGAGAGUAGAUCGCGAUGUCGGCAUCAGUGGCGGUGGAGUUGACAAGGUAGCCAGUGAUGAUUUUGAGUCGGACACAGAGCUGGACUUGUUGCUCAAUCUUCAUUCGCAAGUGGAUGAAGAAGACCAUAUGAACGGAGUAAGAUUUGGUACUGAGGAAACAGAUUUUCCAGUGGAUGAAGAAGGUUUGAUUCAAUGUCCUCUCUGCGGAGUUGAUAUUUCUGAUCUUAGCGACAAGGAACGUCAGGUACACACCAACGAUUGUAUUGACCAAGAGGAUGUGCAAGCUCAAAAUCAGGUUGCUCUCACCAAUGAUAGGAAGCAAACUUCAGUUCCUCAACAAUCUGGUGAUAAUUCAAGACUUUCUACUGUUCUCAAAUGGUUGCAUGGUCUUGGUUUAUCGAAAUAUGAAGACAUUUUUAUAAGGGAGGAGAUCGAUUGGGCCGCAUUACAGUGGCUGACAGAUGAGGAUCUCAUCAAGAUGGGUAUUACUGCACUUGGCCCUCGAAGGAAGAUCACACAUGCUCUCUCCGAACUAAGAAAAGAUUCUUGUGCGGUUGAAACUUGCACGAAUUCACAUGCCCCUUCUAGUAUUGGGCAACAGAGUAACCGUGGUUCAGAUGGGCGAGAAGGAUCAAUCAAUGGAGCUAAUAAAACACCUGCGAACAAGUUGAUCACUGAUUAUUUUCCAGGCUUUGCCUCUGAUAAGAAAAAUUCAUGCAGCAUCCCUAGUGGUCAGAAAGAUGUGGAAAAAAAAUUAUCUGACUCUUCACACAGAGGUAAAACGGUAAAAAGAAAUGUAAAGAAUGGAAAGCUUGGGAAUGUUCCAGUUUGGAGUUGCAUACCAGGAACACCAUUUAGAGUGGAUGCUUUCCGACAUCUAAGAGGAGAUUGUUUCCAUUGGUUUCUUACUCACUUUCAUAUGGAUCAUUAUCAAGGUCUGACAAAGUCAUUUCGUCAUGGGAUGAUUUAUUGUUCGCCUAUAACAGCAAAGCUAGUAAACAUGAAGAUUGGAAUUCCAUGGGAAAGGUUACAAGUUUUACCUCUCGACCAAAAAAUUAACAUUGCGGGAAUAGAUGUAACCUGUUUUGACGCUAACCACUGCCCUGGUUCAAUAAUUAUACUCUUUGAACCACCCAAUGGUAAGGCUGUUCUACAUACGGGGGAUUUCCGAUUUUGCGAGGAAAUUGGAAGCUUGCCAGUUUUUCAAACAUGUCGUAUCCAUACUCUGAUCCUUGAUACCACUUAUUGUGAUCCACAGUAUGAUUUUCCAAAGCAGGAGACUGUAAUACAGUUUGUAAUUGAUGCAAUUCAAGCUGAAGCUUUCAACCCAAAAACACUUUUCCUGAUUGGAUGCUAUACUAUCGGAAAAGAACGGCUUUUUUUGGAGGUUGCCCGUGUUCUGCGUAAGAAGGUGUAUGUAACUGCAGCGAAGUUACGCAUUUUAAAAUGCUUGGGAUUCUCAGAGGAGGAUAUGCAGUGGUUUACAGUGAAUGAAUGGGAAAGCCACAUACAUGUCGUACCUUUGUGGACACUCGCAAGCUUCAAACGACUGAAGCAUGUAUCAAAUCAAUAUGCUAAUCGAUUCAGUCUUGUAGUUGCUUUCUCUCCUACUGGCUGGGCGCUCUCAAAAGGAAAGAAGAAAUCUCCUGGUAGAAGGUGGCAGCAAGGUACAAUUAUAAGGUACGAAGUGCCAUAUAGCGAGCACAGCAGCUUCUCAGAGCUUGAGGAUUUUGUAAAGCUCGUAUCUCCUGCAAACAUAAUACCAAGCGUGAAUAAUCAUGGACCUGAUUCAGCCCGUGCCAUGAUCUCGCUCUUAUCACCUCUUUGUGGGACGACCUGAAUCAAAUCUGCAGAUUCACGUAAGUUCAAAUUUUAACCACCAUCGACCCUUUAUUAGAUAGCCAUUUUAGAGAUACUAUGUUCACAGUAAUAGUAUUUAUAAGUUAAUGCUUCAAUGGGGUGUGGCAAUGAUUAUCUUUGUAGAAGUUUAAGAAUAUAAUUUUGCAAUUUAUUGUAGAUGGAACCAAAGAUAGUGUAGAAGCAAAUCAUCUUGGUGGAAAAUUAAGUGGUAUCAUUAUCUGUACUAAUGUCUUACCUUUUUAAGUAAGAGUGAGAUUAUUCACGA